AUGUAUUUUCACAAAUACAAUAAUGGAUACACAUUCAUUAAAAUCAAUAAUUUAAUGAUAUCUAAUAAUUAUGCUACAUCCAUUUAAUCAGAUUUUAAUUUGAAAACCUAAAACCUUGCUUCAAUUUUACUUUAAUCAGAUGUUGUUAAUAUAACAAACUUAAAUAUCUUAAGAGGAUAUGGAUUGAAAAAUAUUAUCAUAUAAAAUCCAAAAGUAUUAAGGAUAGAAUCUAGUAUAAUUACUUAAAGUGAUGAACAUAAAUUCCUUGUCUUCAUUAAUAUCUUGAUUACCAAUUAUAACAAGUCUAAGGUGAGUACUAUUUAUAAUGGCUCUUUAUAACUUCUGUGA